GUCAUGUCUCAUCAAUCGCCUUGUUCCCCUGUUUCAUCACACCCGCACAUACAACACACCUACACAUAUUUAUUUUAUACUUUCUGCGCGUACUUCUUUUUUGUUUUAUUUAUUCAAAUUUGUUUUUAUUUGUUGGUUUCUUGACAGGGGGCGGUGUUGUAAGUAAAGUAGAAACGGACGAUUCGGAUGACUCGAACCUGGACAGUGAACUCUCAUCGCAUUCCCUGACCGCCCAGUAUCAGACAGUUAUACCAGCUGGCACCAUCCAGCUAUCGCAGGGAGAGGGAGUGGGGGGUCUACACACGCUCACGAUGACGAACGCUACGACGGCAGGUGGGGAGACCAUAGUGCAAUACACACAAGCCCAGGACGGUCAGUUCUUUGUGCCAGGCGAGAUUGUUGUGACGCAGGGCAGCGGUAGCCUAAGUGGGGGAAGUCCAAUCAUAGCCGAGGACCAGCAGAGGAAACGGGAGUUGAGAUUACUUAAAAAUAGGGAAGCAGCAAGGGAAUGUAGAAGGAAAAAGAAAGAAUACAUCAAGUGUUUAGAGAACAGAGUUGCUGUGUUAGAAAAUCAAAAUAAAGCCCUUAUAGACGAAUUAAAAUCGCUGAAAGAACUCUACUGCCAGCAGAAAACUGAUUAAUUUCCCUGUGUUUGUGCAAAGUUUCCCUGUUUUUGAACAGUUUCCUCGUUUUGUUGUGCUGGAUUCUUCAGUAAUUCUGUUGCCAACAGAAAUGUGCAAAUGUCCCUGUUUCUGAGCAAAGUUUCCCUGUUAUGUGCUGGAUCAGUUAGUAAUUGUGUUGCCAACAGAAAUGUGCAAAUUUCCCUGUUUCGGAGCAAAGUUUCCCUCUGUUGUGCUGGAUCAUUUAGUAGUUGUUUUGACAAGUGAGAGUGAUGACUACACUUUUUUAAAAACUUGACUAUUUUCCAAGACUUAAUUCUCCCAUUAUGUUGUGAAGUUGAACGCUUAGUGACAUUCUUAUCUACAAAAACUGGAAUAAUUUCCCUGAUUUGCAGCCGAAAUUUCCCUGCUCUACAAAAGGUUGGUAACAGUUGUAAGUGAGGUUAUGUGUACAUUUUUUUAGCAGUAUGGGUACAAAAAAUAGUAACGUUAUAGAUGUGUUUAACAACUUUUAGAAACUAACAAUCUUUUGCAAUUGAGUUGAUACAUACUUCUUGAUACACGUUGCAGAAAUUUUGCAACGCGUUGCAUAAUAUUUGCAACAAAACUUUGUGCAGGAGUGUUCAGUACCUCCUGAUGUGAUCUCUUUUUGCGAUUUCUGUCUGAUUGACUGAAAAUUCAAGAAUGUCUAAAAAUAGAUGAUAAAUUAUUGUUGAAAGUGAAGAGAAUUUUAGAGUAGAAAUGAAUUGCACGCGUGGCCUUAUUGACUAUUAUUUUAAUCUAAAAUAAAUCUCCAUAGUUUUAUUCUAAUUAGAACUAAUACUAGUAUCAAUAGAGAUAACUCUAUUAUUAUUUGCAAACAUUAAGUUAAAAUUAUAACAGAUUAUGUUUUACUAAACCGAUAAUUAAUCAAUGUAGCAAAGAAUGAUUAACAAAUUUCAUCUUAUUGACAUUGAAUGAAAGAUACAUAAUAUGGUUGUUCAUAUCUUUAGCUAAUUUUACAUCAACAUCAAAGAAUUAAAAAUGAUACAGCCAAUCUAAUUUUUAUAAAAUAAAUUGCUUGGAUAAU